GGGGCGGGGCGGGAGCCGCCGCGGAGCCUUCCGGCAGCCGCGACCAUGUCGGACCCGGCGCCCAAAGUUCCCGAUGAGAUGUUCCGAGAGGUCAAGUACUACGCGGUGGGCGACAUCGACCCGCAGGUUAUCCAGCUUCUGAAAGCUGGGAAAGCGAAGGAAGUGUCCUACAACGCGCUAGCCUCACACAUAAUUUCAGAAGACGGGGACAAUCCUGAGGUUGGAGAAGCUCGGGAAGUCUUUGACUUACCUGUCGUGAAGCCGUCUUGGGUGAUAUUGUCCGUUCAGUGUGGAGCUCUUCUGCCAGUGAAUGGUUUUUCUCCAGAGUCGUGUCAGAUCUUUUUUGGAAUCACUGCCUGCCUCUCCCAGGUGUCGUCUGAAGACAGGAGCGCCCUGUGGGCUUUGCUCACUUUCUAUGGGGGGAACUGCCAGCUGCACCUCAACAAGAAAUGCACGCAUCUGGUGGUCCCCGAACCAAAGGGGGAGAAAUACGAAUGUGCUUUAAAGAGAGCCAGUAUUAAAAUUGUUACCCCCGACUGGGUCCUGGAUUGCAUAUCUGAAAAAACCAAAAAGGAUGAAGCAUUUUACCAUCCUCGGCUCAUUAUUUAUGAAGAGGAAGAAGAGGAAGAAGAGGAGGAGGAGGAGGAGGUAGAAAAUGAGGAGCAGGAUUCCCCCAAUGAGGGUAGUACCGACGAGAAAUCGAGCCCUGCCAGUUCUCGAGAAGGAUCCCCUUCAGGUGCCCAGCAGUUCUCACCCAAGUCAAACACCGAAAAACCCAAAGGGGAGUUGAUGUUUGACGACUCUUCGGAUUCAUCGCCUGAGAAACAGGAGCGAAACUUAAACUGGACCCCAGCGGAAGUGCCACAGAUAGCCGCGGCCAAACGCAGACUGCCCCCGGGAAAGGAGCCGGGCCUGAUUAACUUAUGUGCCAGCGUGCCACCCGUUCCGGGCAGCGUCUUACCCCCCGACGUCCGGGGCAGCAUAAUGGCUUCGGGACAGAACCUGCAGAGUUCUGAAAGAUCAGAAAUGAUCGCUUCUUGGAGUCCGGCGGUGCGGACGCUGAGAAACAUUACGAAUAAUGCUGAUAUUCAGCAGAUCGGCCGGCCGCCAAAUGUGGCACACAUCCUACAGUCCCUUUCAGCGCCCACGAAAGCCUUAGAGCAUCAGGUGAACCACAGCCAGCAGGGCCACGCGAACGCCGGCGCCGUGCUGUUCGGCCAAGUGAAGGUGGCCCCGGAGCCACACCUGCCGCCGCCGCCGCCGCCGCCGCCCCCGGUCCUGCACCUUCCGCCCCAGCAGAUCCUGCAGCUGCAGCCGCAGAUCCCGCAGCAGCCCUACGCCCCGCCGCAGCCACACCCCUUCCCGCCGCCGCCGCCGCCCCGCCCGCAGCCGCCCCUGCAGCCGCAGCCCCCGCCGCCCCCGCAGCCCCUGCAGCAGCCCCUGCAGCAGCACCUGCAGCUGGCCCAGCUGCAGCGCCUGCACCUGCAGCAGCACAUGCACGCGCCCGCCGCGCCCCCGCCGCCCCAGGCCCCGCCCCCGGCCCUGCCGCCCCAGGCCCCGCCCCCGCCGCAGCCGCAGCCGCCGCCGCCGCUGCCCCCGCACCAGCACCCGCACCAGCUGUUCGGACACGACCCGGCAGUGGAGAUUCCCGAAGAAGGGUUCCUCCUGGGCUGUGUGUUCGCAAUUGCAGAUUAUCCCGAGCAGAUGUCUGAUAAACAGCUCCUGGCCACCUGGAAAAGGAUAAUCCAGGCGCACGGCGGCACCGUGGACCCGACGUUCUCGAGCCGGUGCACACAUCUCCUCUGCGAGAGUCAGGUCAGCGGGAUGUACGCACAGGCGAUCAGGGAGAGGAAGAGAUGUGUCACAGCGCACUGGCUAAAUACCGUCCUGAAGAAGAGGAAGAUGAUGCCACCCCACCGUGCCCUUCACUUCCCGGUGGCUUUCCCCCCCGGAGGGAAGCCGUGUUCUCAGCACAUUAUUUCUGUGACUGGAUUUGUCGACAGUGACAGGGACGACCUGAAGCUCAUGGCUUACCUGGCAGGCGCCAAGUACACGGGCUACCUGUGCCGCAGCAACACGGUGCUCAUCUGUAAAGAGCCUGCCGGUUUGAAGUACGAAAAGGCCAAGGAGUGGAGAAUACCGUGCGUGAACGCCCAGUGGCUUGGCGACAUUCUCCUGGGGAACUUCGAGGCGCUGAGACAGGCCCACUGCGGCCGCUACACGACGUUCAGUCUGCAGGAGCCCUUUGCCCCUACCCCGCACCUGGUUUUCAGUCUCCUGGAUGCCUGGAGGGUCCCGCUGAAGGUGUCGGCAGAACUGCUGAUGGGCGUGAGGCUGCCUCCCAAACUGAAGCAGAACGAAGUGACCAACGUCCAGCCUUCUUCCAAAAGAGCCAGAAUUGAAGAUUUACCCCCUCCCACCAAAAAGUUAACACCAGAAUUGACCCCUUUUGUGCUUUUCACUGGAUUUGAGCCUGUGCAAGUUCAACAGUAUAUUAAGAAGCUCUACAUCCUUGGGGGCGAGGUCGCCGAGUCUGCGCAGAAAUGCACACACCUCAUCGCCAGCAAAGUGACGCGCACGGUGAAGUUCCUGACGGCCAUCUCCGUGGUGAAGCACAUCGUGACGCCAGACUGGCUGGAAGAGUGUUUCAAGUGUCAGACGUUUAUCGAUGAGCAGAACUACCUCCUCCGAGACGCUGAGGCCGAAGUGCUGUUCUCCUUCAGUCUGGAAGAGUCCUUGAAGAGGGCGCAUGCUUCUCCACUCUUCAAGGCAAAAUAUUUUUACAUCACGCCUGGAAUCUGCCCAAGCCUGUCAACCAUGAAGGCGAUCGUGGAAUGUGCAGGGGGACGAGUACUGUCUAAACAGCCGUCUUUCCGGAAACUUGUGGAGCACAAGCAAAAUAAGAGCUUAUCAGAGAUCAUCUUAAUAUCCUGCGAGAACGACCUUCACUUAUGUCGGGAGUAUUUCGCACGGGGCAUAGACGUCCAUAACGCAGAGUUCGUGCUCACCGGGGUGCUCACGCAGACACUGGACUAUGAAUCGUAUAAAUUUAACUGAUGGCAUCCGCACCGCGACUGGAGUCCUGGGCACGGGCCCGGCCGCAGCCGCCGUCGGGUGGACGGACCCGCUUCCUGCAGAGGCCCGCGUUUGCCAGCUGCUUUGGGAGGCAGGCACUCUAGAGCAGGAAAACCAAUAGGAUACAUAUGCUGCAUCUUUUUAAGAUGUGUAAUUUUAUUCUGAGGAAACAUAAAUUAUGUUUUGUAUUAUAUGAAUUUAUGAGCCCACAUUAGGUUUUAUGAUUCAUUUGCCAGGUUUUUAAAUGUUUUCACAACACUGUUAACAGAACUUCAACUACAAAUAAAAUGGUGUAAAUAAAGACCUUGCUAUCUCUAAAUUAUGAUGUUAAAGAUUUGAAAUGUUUUGUACUUUGAUUAUUUUUAUUUCUUAUACUCUUUUCUUUUAUAUUGAUAUCUUGCCCACAUUUUAAAUAAAUGUACUUUUGAACUUAGAA